AUGGCACAUGACAAGAAAUCCAUUUGCUGUCGAUGUGACGCAAUUACCAGAAGAAGUUGAGGGAGAAUUUCUAGAAAUGAAGGCUGAUUCAUCCAUGAAAGAUGACUUCCAUCUUUUAACAUUGGAGAAAUUUUGGAUCAAAAGAUUGCCUGUUAAUUCGACACUUGCCUCUCUUGCUUUACGAAUACUAGUUCAUUUUUCUUCAGCUCACUUAUGAUAGCUCUGGCGAAAACAGAACCUAAAAUGAGCCAACUGGUACAGAACAUGCAAUCUGAAGUGUCCCAUUAGUAC